GCUCGUUAGCUACGAUGGAGGCUGUAGUGGGAGCAGAGACCGGGUCCCAGAACAGGAAUGGGGAGAUGGAUGUGAGCGGCGCUGUUAAAAUCCCAGAGCGGCUGCUUCGGAGGGAGCAGGAGCGGCAGGAGGAGGUUGAGCGGCGCAGGGAAGCCAUGGAGAGCCAGUCUGUCACGGAGGAGAAAGUAGACUACUUCUCGAGCACGUUUGGCGCCGAGAGGGCCGCCAUUGAGGCGUUGCUCUCCGGCGUCUGGGAUGCUGACAGCAGCCGGGCGGCGCAGCUCCUGGAAGAGGUCUCAUCCCGGACGCAGCAGCUGCGCAAGUUCCUCAACGACAGUAUGGCGUUCCUCACCAAGUACGAGUGCAGGCAGGCGCAGGCGGCGCUGCAGAGGCUCCAGAGCUCCCUGGAUGAGAAGCGGCAGCAGGUCCUUCCCAAGAAGAAGUUCAAUUUCAAGGCCCGCAGCGCCGCAGCGACUAGGACCAAAGGCGUACCUCUUCCAGAGAAGGCGGGGCCGUUGGAGUCGAAACCUGAUGCCAAGGGUGGUGCUGAUGUCGGCAUCCAGGUGGUGGAUGGAGGCGGGAACAGCUGCGGCUUUUCCAGUGCUCACGCGCAGGUGCUCACAAAGGACCCCGAGGACAUCCACCAGCGGGACGUGCUCCUCACGCAUCUGACCGGCUGCACCGUGAAGCUCCUGGGCACCCCGGCCACACUGCACAUCAAAGACGUGCGUGACUCGGAGGUGCUUUGCGGCCCCGUGUCCGGCUCGGUGUUUGUGGACCGCUGCUCCGGCUGCACCCUCGCCUUUCCCUGCCAGCAGCUGAGGACCCACAACACCACGGACACCCGUGUCUACCUGCACGUCACCAGCCGGGCCAUUGUGGAGGACUGCAGCGGCGUCAGCUUCGCUCCGUUCAGCUGGAGCUACGAGGGGAUGGACGCCCACUUUGAGGCUUCUGGACUGGAUCGUGGCAAGAACAACUGGGACAAGGUGGAUGAUUUCAACUGGUUGGCUGCGGAUACACCGUCUCCCAACUGGUCCAUCAUUCCCGAGGCGGAGCGGCGGACCACCUGGGACUGAUGGCAUCUGUACCUUUGUGCACGCAGCAGCUGUGACAAUGACAGUGACACUCCUCACGGUCGAGAGGCAUCCUGCCAUCAUGUGGACAGAGGAGAUGGUUUGGAAUCCAUACCCUUCCAAUGGGCUGUGCACAGGGGCGGACUGACCAUCUGGACUUUCUGGAGAAGUCCAGAACAGCCGUCCGUCUGACGGCCGUUGGCCUGGCUGGUUCAUCAUCAAAGAAAAACUGUCAGAUUAAGUGACGUUGACAGCCGACAAAAGGGGGCACUAAUACAAUAUUUCUUUGCUUAUAAUAAACCGAAACUGACGCAAAGGAGAGUGGGCUCAUGAUGGCAAGCAAAAAACGUAAAGAUAAAGGCGGUUGGGAGAAACUAAAAGAAAAAAAGCGAAGUCCUUAGAGACCGGCGCUACAAAAUGCAAAAAAAUAACAGAUGUUUGGCACUAGUGUUGCCAGCCGUAGUAGCCCUAAUCUUGAGCCUGAUGAGGGAGAGACAGCAGCAGUCGCUCCUGAGCCAAUGGUUCUGGUGAGCAGCCUGUCAGGACAGUUACAUCAGGUUACCUUUGCCCGCCUCUCUCACUAUGUAUAGAGCAUGUAGCCUAUGAACAGCACUAUAGUAAAAUUCCAGGUCCGAACGUUCACUGCUAUUUAUCACUCCGCGUUGUCUGACGUGAAUAUUCCAUUCAUUCAUAAUGAGACAGCAGCGAUUCUACAACGGGUUACAACAUUGCUACCGAGUUAGAAAAUAGAGUAAAUGAAGUAGCCUAAGGUGAUUGCUCCGAUUAACGUGUAACAUGAAAAUGAGCGAGUUUGCAAAUAAUUUGUGCACAUAUCGUGACUUUUGUCGUUGCGUGGCAACAGUAGACACCAAAACGAUAUUAUUUUGAUCGUGGCAUGUAGGCUAACCCAGCCAAUAUCCAAGUGCACACCCAUUCAUCCCGUUUUAAAUUGCCCACGAACUCACUCAAAACAAACAGAAAUGAACAGUUCUAAUGGUGCUACGUGUCAGUUUUUGCAAAAUCAGGUGUUCUCACGUUAUCUACAGCUGAAAUUAUAGCAAGGCUAUAAUUCUCCCCAAGAUUGAG